AUGUCUUUAUAUCAGGAUGACAGUAUUUUAAAAGAGUUGAUGGACAUCAUCAGUCUAGAUCACGUGAAAAAUUAUAUUGAAGUUCGAACUGAUUCAAUUCAAAAACAAUUAAAUUCUUGUCCAACUGAAACUGAAUGGUUAUGUGAAACAAUUCCAGCUGAAACAUUUCAAUCAAUUAUUAAGUCUGCUGCUGAUUUAACAAUGCCGACAGAAAUUCGUUUAAUUCGAUUAUUUAUUUUACGUAGGAAUACUCAAUUUAAAUAUGAAAAUCAUGUAAAUAGUUAUCAACGAUUAUACUCACUUAGAAAUAAUGGUAAAAUGUUUGUUAAACUAGAUAAUAAACAUCAAUGGGAAUCAACAGCGGUGAAUAUGGGUCAAUGGCAUUGUGUUUCACCAAAUACUUGGCAUUAUCCAUAUUCAAAUACAGACAAUGAUUGGAUUACACUCACGUUCCAUACACAAUCGAGUGAAGAUAUUAUUGAUCGAUAUGACUAUGAAAAAAAUUAG